AUGGUAUUCUGUGAUUUACGUAGAGAUCAAUGCGUAUCUCGCAUUAUGAAGUCUGCUACUUGCUCCGAAACCUUCGAAAACGAUCCCUGCUACGCUUCUGAAUGUGUGCAAGGUGUUUGUGUCUCAUCGUCAAAGUCAGAAGAUGUUUUGAAAGAACAUCCAAGAAGGAAAAUAGCCGAAAGAGCUGUUCCAGUGAAAAAUGAACCUAUCAUGACGGAGAUUACAACUUCAACAAUGGACCCUGUAGCAAAUUUGUUGGAUCUUGUAGAGGAGGAGCAGUUGUCCGACGGCUACAACAUGACAGUCGUUCAGGAUAAUUCGACCGAG